AUAUGCUUCCGGAUUUGUCUCCACACUUGCACACUAAAGAAUGCAAUAUGUUGAUCGAGUUUUUGCAGAGAUGUCAUUCAGAAAAACCAAUUGGAAAAAUGAUAGGUAAAUGCUCAUACUGGGAUGAAGCAGUGUGGCAGUGCACGAAGAAGGAACGCAUCUGGAGACGGGACAACAAUCCGGCUUACAAACGAAGAAUCGUAGAGCUCAGAAGUCUGCCCGAAAAAUAUUGGACGCCGGCCCUUCAUAAGCUUAAAGAGGAUGGUGUGCUCAUUGGAGGAGCCGAUCAGAGUCAAGGAUGUAAAAUUUAGAAUGUCUUGUUUUUGUCGAUUUUAGCUAUAUGAAAUCAUUUUAAAAUUA